GGUGGGUUAUCAUGUAAGCAUAUCCCAUGCCAACAUUUUCCUCUCAUUUCUGUCAUUUCAUGAACACCAUAUCUCUUGAGGUCUUUAAUUUGGCCCACCCACGGCUAAGUGUUAACUUCUGUUGGUACGAUGUGGUCCGUCCUCUUCCCCUUCCCCGCAUCCCCUUCUAAUCCUCUUCUCUUCCCUUCUUUCCCUUCUUUCCCUUCUUCCACUCCCUUCUCCAUGGAUAACCUCACACCACCCACCCAAAGUCCCACUGCCACCAUACCUCCCCAAGGAUCAAAUGGAUUGUCCCUUAACUUCAAUGUCAUCGUCAUCACGGCCGUCUUGUUAUGUGCUCUAAUCUGCGCCCUUGGCCUCAAUUCUAUGCUCCAAUGUGUAGUUACGGGCACCCAUCGCGCGGUAACCGAACCUGUCGAGUGGGUUGCCUCUCGCCGCCACAACUCAGGACUAAAGAGGAAGGACAUGAUAGGACUCCCUACUUCAACAUACGCAGCGGCCGGCUCGCCAAGCUCCACCACUUCUGGUUGUGCCAUUUGUUUGGUGGACUUCUCCGAUGGAGACCGGUUGCGAGUACUGCCCAAGUGUAACCACAGGUUCCAUGUCUCUUGCAUUGAUACUUGGCUUUUGUCUCACUCCUCCUGCCCCACUUGCCGGCAUCAACUCAAGUCUAAUGACUCCAUUACCUCGUUAGAGAUAUUGACAACUAUGUGAACUUGUGUUACAUUUUGAGCCUUCCAGUUCCAAAGCUGUGACUGUGACCUCUCUAGUACUUUUUAUUUUCUAAUGUCUUUUAACUUGUUAUCUCCUUUCUUUCUCUAUUUUGAAUAAUUAAGCUUUUGAAGCAUCAUUCUUUUA